CACCCUCCAUAAUCUGCACCGACUAGGCACUUUAAAUUCUGUUCACUGGUGCACACAGAGCCAGUGCUGAAAAACACAGACACAGACAUUGUUGCAUGUCUGUGAAAAAAAAAGCAAAAAACACAACACCCCCUACCACCACCACCACUGGGAUUUAUGCUCACUCCCUAUAGGUCAACGCCAUGAAUGGGGACUCAGUUCCCCUGGUGGGUAGCCGGUGAACCUACUUUGUGUUCCAACGCCAUCCCACUGGUUACGCUGCGGAUGAGAAGUCGAAGGGAUGUCGCUGUUCACCACUUGCUGUCGAGGCUUGUACAGCUGCCAGUGGAAACGCUCGAGGAAUGCCAGGACAAGUAAAAGUGCAUGCUUUUGGUUCUCAUUCCUCACUUUGAUCACCUUGCUGUCGGUGUGUUGGAUGUACAUCUGUCUGGUCACUUCAAAUGACCGAGAGGAUGUCAACUGGAAGGGCUUUAUCAAACUGAAGCGUUGGGUGAACUGGUUCAUGGUGCUGAUCAUCGUCUCAGCGGUGUUAACCAGCUACUGUGUACUGCUGCUGCUUUUUGCUUUAUUCCAAGUUGCCUUGAGAGAACCACUCAACCUACAUUGGCUCCAUAAGUGCCUCCUUAUCCUCAGUUUGCUUUUCAUCUCUCUUGGGAUCAUCGGAAUAAGUCUCCAGUGGAUGAGAGAAUGGCCAACUGUUCCUCUCUCACUCCAGGCGACUGCUCCUUUCUUGCAAUUCGGUGCUGUUGGAAGUUUGGUUCUGCUGAGCCCAUUUGUCUUCGAGGGAUUCCACAUGGCCAAAAGCAAAUGGUCUGGCUUCCUGAUGGCGUCGUUGUGCGCUGUAGUUUCUGCAGCCGUCCUUCUGUGUCCUUUACUCAUCCAUUCACCUUGUCUGAUCGACCACAGCGACUUGCCUCCGAAGCCGAAGCUCAUCGGCCACAGAGGCGCACCAAUGCUAGCUCCCGAGAACACGAUGAUGUCAUUCCGAAAGAGCCUUCAAUGCGGCGUGACGGCAUUUGAGACAGACGUGCAGAUCAGUAAGGACAGAAUUCCAUUCUUGAUGCACGAUCAUCACUCAGGCUUCUUAAGGAGAACAACUGACGUCAAAAAGAAGUUUCCGCACACCGAUUUCAAUGCGAGCACGGAGCUGAGCUGGACAGACUUGAAAAGUCUGAACGCGGGUGAAUGGUUCCUACAAACGGAUCCUUUCCGCUCACUGUCUCAGCUCUCUGCGGAGGAUAAAGAAGAAGCCCGGAAUCAGAGCGUUGCAUCUUUCCUGCAGCUCCUGCACCUCGCCAAGAGCCACAACGUAUCGGUCAUAUUCGACCUUUACAGUCCCGACCAGAAGAAUGACACGGUGGAUGUGAUCAGAACCAUCCUGAUGUCUGAACUGGACCCAAGCCUGGUCCUGUGGCUUCCUCCAACAGAGCGAGACUAUGUGAAAACAGCCGCUCCGAGCUUGGUCCACGUCUACGACAACGAGCACGACAUGUUUCAAAACGGAGGCAACCAUCUCAAUCGGCAGUACAACAAGUUGAACGCGGAGCAAAUCAGGCAUCUUGUGGGUCAAAACGUAACGGUGAACGUGUGGGUGGUCAAUGAGUCGUGGCUCUUCUCAUUGCUGUGGUGCGCCGGGGUCAGCUCCGUCACCACCAACGCUUGCCAUCUCCUCAAGGACUUGCGGCAGCCCAACUGGAUCAUGGUACAAGUACUCGCGCCCCUUUCGCGCCUACACAAGCAGGUUGCAGCGUUGAAACUGAAGGCUGUAGAGAAAGGCAGGUGCCCCUCGAAUGUCUUGGCAUGUCGCUCAUCCGAAUGGGUGUGUUUCAGGCCCGUCGGACGUACGCACUGGUGUGGAUCGCAGUGGACGUGGUUUCUGUUGUCCUGAUGGUUGGGGUGUACUUGCUUCAGCGGAAAAGGCGAUGCUGCCCGACAAAAGGAAGCGGAUGCCCAAAUCACAACAAGGAAGACAACAAUCAAAGGAAUAUCAGAAUGAUGCAUUAAUGAAUGCAAAAUGCAAGAAAGCACAAUAUGCUACGUUACGGCUUUGUUUAUUACGCAGCUGCAAUGCUUUCCAUACAAGAGCCGUCCGUUCGUCUAUCCAUCCAUUUAUCUGUCCAUCCAUCCAUCGCUGACAUCAGACUCAUCAUCAACUGCAAUUCCAAUUAUUCCCCAAAGUGGCAAUAAUUGAUGAUGAUCAACGAAAAUGAUCAACGAUACUAGUAAGUCAGUGAUGUGUCAAUAAUGCGUGAAUAAUUUGACAUAUAAGUCGCUCCAGAGUAUAGGUCGCACCCCCAGUGGCCAAACUAUGAAAACAACUGCGACUUGUCGUCGGAAUAGGACAAUCUAUAGCCGUUUGAUUUUUGGAAGUUCAUAAAAUUUCAAUGAUGGACUGAAAGAGUUCAUUUGCAAAUGUGUGUCAUUUCAAAAAAAGUGUAAAUAACAGACAAGGACAAACACAAGUCUAAACAUAUCCGCCCUGGAGAGUGAUAAUGUUAUUUUUGUUUAAUGCUGUUAAUAAAUGCA